AUGGUUAUAGUUCCUCCUGUUGUGGAUUCUGAUCAAUCUCCUCUGAUUGUGGAUACUGAACCAGCAACAGUUAAGCCAAGAAGAGGUUAUAAAUUUGAAGCUUUCUGGACCGAAGAGGAAUCUUUUGAAAGAGAUUCCGAAAAGCUGGCGUCAAAAUAUUGUGGGUUCAAGACAGUUCAGAAUGCAUCAGCUAAGGACUUUUCACAUAAUGAAAUUGGGAAGGAGGGGUUAGGGAUUUAUGAUAUGGUUUUACAGCACACCCGAAGAGUGGUUGAUGAGGCAAUGAAUAGGAAGUUACUGAGGGUGCCAAACCUAGAGGAAGUGAAGAAAGAUGUGCUUGAGAUGGGUGCUAACAAAGCACCAGAACCUGAUGGACUUUCAGGAUUAUCUAUCAAAGGAUUUAUAUUCAGUGCAAACACACUUAGAGAGUUUCAGCAGGAGUUGGUUGCUAUUCUCAGGAUUCCUGUGAUACAAAGUAUUGGGAAGUAUUUGGGGUUGGCAAUGGAAUGGGGGAGAAAGGAUGUGGUUAGGCGGAAGGGAACAAGAGAUGGGAAGUAUUCAGUCAGGAGUGGAUAUAAUCUGCUGAAGGCUAGGAAAGUUGAUCAUGGUGUUCUAAUGUUGCCUCUAGCUCUUUUAUAG